UAUUAUGUAUAGUUGGUAUAUUAAGGCAAGACAUCGGCAACAUCGAGCAGUGAUAGUUUAGCAUAGGGAACUCCUACUUGGAUUUCAAAAUGAUUGCAUUUACCUCACUAAGUGUUGCAGUAUUCUUAGUCAGCAGUGCUGCGGCAGCUGUAUUACCAAAUGUGGGCAAAUGCAGUCUGGAAGACCAAAGCUGUCUACUGAAGGAGUUCCAGAAUGCUAUUCCCUCGUUCUUCGGAGGUAUCCCUGAAGAUGGUAUCGAGGUGAUGGACGUCAUGGAUGUGGACGAAGUCUCCUUCGAACUCUCCGGCCUUCAUUUCGGUUUCACUGAGGGAAAAUUAAAGGGUCUUAAAGGAACAGUUAUCAGAAACGUAGACUGGAAUUCAAAGAAACACAGAAUAACAGUAGAUUUUAUUUCCAACUGCACACUGAAGGGCCACUACUCUGCGUCGGGACAGGUCCUGAUUCUGCCGAUCACUGGAGAUGGACAGUUGAAACUGAAAUUGAGAGACAUAAAUGUCAAAUUAAAUAUCGAUUACGAUCUGAAGGUUGGUUCUGACGGCAAGGAACGUGUGGUGCCAAAGAAAUUGCAUUACGAGUUCGAAGUUUUGGGAAAUGCUCACUUCGCACUAACAAACCUGUUCAAUGGAAACAAAGAUCUCAGUGAGGCCAUGCACAAAUUCCUGAACGAUAACUGGAAGCAAGUAUCACAAGAGUUCGGUGGACCCAUGAUUGAUGUGACCGCAAAGAAAAUCUACAAGAAUAUUGGAAUAUUCUUCGAUAAGAACCCAAUACAAGAUUUAACUUUGUAGAUUUUAAGUGUAUUUUUAUUUAAACAUGGUUGGUUAUAGAAAA